AUGGGCACGACACUUGAGCGUCUAGAGCCUGUAGAGGCGCCAGAGGACAUUUGCUUAGAUGAUGCUCUUCUAGAGAGGACAUUGAAGAUUGGGUCUGCUCUUGUCCCCAACUUGAAUAAUGGGAUUCCACCAAAUUCCUAUGUGGCCGGAGGAUCAAGACAAAAAUCAUUUAUUACUGAGAAAGGGUUGUAUGGCUGGUUGAGGAUACCUUUUGGUCUUCGAAAUGCACCAGCCACCUUCCAGAGGAGGUUAAUUAACACGGUUUUUCAGCCGCAGCUUGGUAAGAAUAUGGAAGCAUAUGUCGAUGAUAUGAUUGAAAAAAGCCGACAGGAGCAACAUUGA